AUGAUCACCCCGCGCAAGGUGCUGCUCGCCCUGAUCGCCGUGAUCACCGUUGUGCUCAUUCUCCGCUCAUCCCGAGCCCCCGAAGUCCCCGGAGCGCCCGGGUACAGACCCGUGAAGAAGAUCUCAGAUGAGGAGGAGAAUACGCUCGCAAAAUCGACGCGCAAAAUCCCACCCCAGGGACGAACCCAAUUGCCCCUCGGUGCAUCACCGACUGCGCCGCUCCGCGAGCGUCUCCGCUAUCAAUUCCCCUAUGAGCUCGAAAAAUGGUUCCCCGCAUAUAUCUGGCAAACAUGGAAAUAUGGUCCGUCAUCUAUGUGGUUCGAUGAAGACCUCCGAGGCCUGGAAGCUAGCUGGACGGAGAUGCACCCCGGGUUCACGCACGAGGUGGUUCCCGAUAACACCCAGGCCCACCUGAUCAAGUACCUCUACGGAUCGGUUCCGGAUGUAUUCGAGGCAUAUGAGUCGCUGCCACUAGGUGUCAUGAAAGCGGAUUUCUUCCGGUACUUGGUGCUUCUGGCGCGUGGUGGAAUUUACAGUGACAUCGAUACAUCGGCACUUAAGCCCGCGCACACGUGGUUGCCGGAGGAAUUGGACCGGUCGACAAUUGGAUUCAUUGUUGGCAUUGAGGCUGAUCCUGACCGUCCUGAUUGGCAUGAUUGGUACUCGCGUCGGGUUCAGUUUUGUCAGUGGACUAUCGUGUCGAAACCUGGACACCCAAUUCUCCGUGAUAUGGUGGCUUAUGUCACCGAGGAAGCGUUGCGAAUGAAAAAGGCUGGAAUUCUCAAGGUCGGCAAGAUGGAUAAGACUAUAAUGGAGUUCACUGGGCCUGGAGCUUGGACGGACAGUGUCUUCCGCUACUUCAAUAACCCGGCAUAUUUUAACAUUCAACCUGGUGAUAAGAAUAUCACCUACGAGGACUUCAGUGGGCAGAAUACCCACCGGAAGGUGGGUGAUGUGGUGGUUCUGCCCAUCACCAGCUUCAGUCCUGGCGUGGGGCAGAUGGGUGCAGGGGAUACGGAUGAUCCCAUGGCUUUUGUGAAACAUAACUUCGGAGGCACCUGGAAAACAGAUGCGUCGUUGUGA